AUGGGCAACCAUCAGAGCAAACCUCACCAGAAUCGCCUUUCGAAACCGAAAACGAACACGAACUCACCAAGUCUCCCACCCAACACAGACUCGCCUGCUUCUUUGAGCUCUCGGUAUGCGGAUCUCAGCGCAAAAGGACGCCAGCAAAUCAAGGAUGCGCUUUUAUCGCCCGUAAAUCCAGAAAUUGAACAGGCCAGUGUGCCAGCACAGGAGGAAGUCGCGAGAAGCGUGAACAGGCAAACGCCAGGUGGUCCAAUACUCGUCAUGUCGAGGAACAACUCUAGAACCAAUUCGCGGUCUAACUCCAUAUCAUGCUUCGGAAGUCGACGCGGAUCUAUGACGAAGAUGGGCAGCGUUGCAGAUUCAAAGACAUCGCCGCAUCCAAACACAACUGUGGAUAUAGACGCAGCGAUCAGGCUACUGCAGGAAGUCAAGAAGAAUGCCUCUCCAGAGGAACUCGCUGCUCUUCAUGAAGUGCUCGAGUCCGCGGACGGCCAUGCAGCACCGGCUUCAGAGCACAACCUAAGCCGGAACACGUCGCUGGUGAACAGGUCCUCCUCCUCCCUGACGCGACGACGCUCUUCAGUACAGACUCCUGGCAUGGCAACACGUGUCCCUCCUGUCGAAUGUCAUCGCAGGACCUGGAACUCAUGGAAGACACCCCAGCUUCAGCCCGAGGAGGAAGCCAAAUGGAAUUUCGCUCACAAGGGACCGUCCCCAAUAGCUCGAUUGUCAGUCGUCGACUCACUUGAGGAGCAUCGUGGCCCACCGACAGCGCGUGCACAAACGCCUUCAGAUCUGGACUACGGCCAUCUUGGGGGCCUUAGACCGGGAACCCUCGUGGUAACCAAUGGAGCACCAUCACCUGCAGCAAGCACAGUAUUUUCAGAUCGAACAUCUCGCGCCGAUAUGGGAGAAGAUUACUUCCUGGCGUCAGAAGACUACUCUGGAUCUUUGACGAUGAAAGCGACCAGGAGGCGUGGACAUGAAAAAAGUCAUUCCGCUCUGCUUUCAACCCCUACACCACUUGAUGAUGAAUCCCGCCCUCCAGCUGAUGAGACGAAAGAGAGUGUCGAGUAUGCACCGCCAUAUGCUUCUUCUCUCAGUCAAUCUAUCGGUUCACAACGGACAACGUGGCCCGCGGGACCAUUGCAAAUUAAUACUGUAGCCACUGAUACCUCUGUACAGAGCGCAACCCAGUAUGCCCAGAGCUAUCUGGCGGAGUUGCCUGAUAGCCCCUUUGCCCCGUCAAAGCAAAACCACGGGAGUCUCGGUGUUGAUAUGGAACACUCUCAAUACCAUAUGGAUAGGAUCACUCGUACCGUCCAAGGUGCUAUCUACGAACUUGAUGCUGGCAUAGAAACGACUGGACUCAAUCUUUCUGCGACAACGCUAGAAGAGCCUGGUCCAUCAAGCAACAAAGACAGAGCCGCUCACCGGCCCUCGCCACAGACGUACGACUCGGGUUAUUCUUCUAGCGGCAGCUUGAGCGCAACCGAUCGUAGAGGCCAUGGUCGAGCACUCUCUGAUCCGUCUGCGCAGCGCAGGGAUUUAAAAUCAGAAUGUCCAGAAAGCUAUAGGAAACCUAUGCUCCGGUCGAUCCUAUCAAGAAACCUGCAUUCUCCAGAUAUGGAACAAACAGAGAGUUCGCAAAGUUCUCCGAGGCCGCAGUCUUUGAUGCUCUUGGAUAAUUAUGCACGUUCAUCAGCAUCAGACUCUACACUGUCGCCCCAAACACCCCGAUCGGCUAUGUCCAAAGCUUCUUUUGAUAGUACGUCUUCAAAGAGCAAAAGUCGGUUACAGCGACGACGUCCAUCACAGGCAGAAGUCCCAAUCGUACAAUCAUGUCAACCAAUCCCAGAAGGGACGAUUCCAGAGGUUCCUGAUGAUGUGCGUGCGAAAUUCAUACGUCGAUUAUCUAACACUCCGGGAAUGGAAUGUCUGACGAACACUUAUCAGAGCAAAGAUGAUGUCUUAGCAGGCAACCAUGUUGCCAGUGACCACUUUGACGAAGCUCAUUGGCCAUCGCAGUAUGCAGAGCAGUCAUCAGCUGCAGAAUGUCAAAGAGUCUGUCCGACUCCUGUUGAGUUUCAGCACUUGACAGAGAUCGAGCCUGAGCGACUGUCCUCAUCUCUAGCACACGGUCGCCGUAAGAGCAGGUCCUUGUUCCGGAGAAAGUCCAGCGCUGCCGAGAAAGAGUCCAAGAACGCUACGCUCAGCAUUGUUGAUCUUGGAACCAUUGCAAAUUCAAUUGGAACCUCUCCAUACGAUGCUGCGAGCACUGGCACCCGACGGGAAUCCGUGACCUCUCCAACUCAUCCACAUCAACUCGGUACCAGCCAUCCAAGAGCAAAGUCUAUGGUGCGAAUGGAUUCUGAGGCAGCCGCCGAAUUCGCGCGUAUGCGUAGUAAAGACCGCAUGGGUGUCGAGCCAGCGACGCCACAGCCAUUGCAGCGGCCACAGCAACAACGACGUUGGAGAAGCUACGACAGCUCGAUAGAUGCUGGCGAAGCAAAAGCUAUCAAAAGACGCCCUCAGAGUCUUGUUGGCGAUAUACCACCUGUCCCUUCCAUUGACAGAUCAGUACAGGAUGCUCGCCAGUACACGGUAAUUUCCGGACGAGACCAUGAAAGCCAAAAUAUGCACAAGUCGGAGCUGCGCUUCAACGCUGAACUGGGUGUGCGCCGUCACACAAUGAGCCAAUCCAUUGGGGGAGACAGCUACCAGAAGCAAAACAAGCCAGAGCCAACAGUGGAUUGGGAUGCGCAUGCUGAUACUUGGAGACAGCGAUGCAUGUCAAUAGGCGAAGGAUUACGUGGGCGACGCGCGCCUGCCGAUGCUCGCUGUCCUACUGUAGAUGGUGGCAUACCAUCUCGAAGCAGAUCGGAAGUGGAGAGCUGGGGACGCUUUAGCGGGGGUUUAGGCUAUGACUACGAAGGGCGGGGCGUUGGCGUUGGCGGUUCGGCAGGCACUAGACAGCUGAACUCGUAUGCCAGCACGAAGAGUAUGAAGUGGAGGGUUGAGCAUGGCGUGGAUCUUUCCGAUGUUCCGAUCAUGGUGCAGAGAUUACUCACACAUUGGUCUGCUUGGACGGACGGCUGGAGAGCAUGCAGGCCCGCCGUUUGGGAUGGCUCUUGUGUGCUUCGGUCGCUUUGUGAUCCAAGAGACCCACUGGUUCUCACCAAGUACAUACUGUUAGGCGUUGGGGGUAGAGACUGGACAAUAUUGAGUAUCGUUACUGUGUAUGGUAAAAGUGACAAAGCUGUUACAAGACUGCCCAACCAGCUGCCGAAACUUGUUGAAUGUCAGAUACGAAUUCGGCAGUGCAAUCAUCCAAGGUCCAAAGUCCAAAUCUCAAUCCCAUCGUCUGUGGCCUUGGGUCGCUGUCUGAAAUGCGCCAUUUUUUGGUACAGGCCAACCAGCCUCACAUGCCAUGUCCGUUCGGCUUGGGCACGAUCGAUGCCGAUGCAGCACAUACAACGCUCGCUGACUCCUGAGCUGAUUUUCACCGUGGGCCUCGAUUCGCCGGUGAUGUCAGGGGCUACACUGCUCGGUGGCUGCAUGUGUGGUGGGAAGUGCAGGGAUUUUGCGAGCGCAACACACCGACCGCGGCUAGGCACAAGCACACUCCAGUUGCUUCCGCGAAAAAUUAAAGACUCUCUUCCCCCGCCAUCGCCUCCUCUGCUCUUUCCUCUCUCCACCCUUCGCCUCACCCUCACCCUCACCCUCACCCUCACCCUCACCCUCACCCUACUUGCCACGCUUCACUCAUCCGCCAUUCGGCUGCUCCUUUCGCUGCUGCCCAUUGCACCCGCGACAGCCUUUGGUCGCUUCAAAGGCUUUCCCACCACCACGGCUUCGGCCCUGACCCUGCUCAACCUACAAGUUGUAUCAGCACGAGAAGCUCCCCACGUCUUCAAUAACAUCCCGCCCCCUCGUCUUGUCGUCGUCUAA